UUUGAGUUAAAAAAACAAUAAAACGUAGUAACCCUUCACGCGUUUCUCUAUCAUCUCAGCUUUCCCCCUUCUCUUCUCUCUUCUUUAGUUGACGCGCCCCUCUUCUGCCCACUACAUCUCAAAAAAACCCCACACUCCUUUCUUCCCUUGGUUCUCUCUCGAUGGGGUUUGCUAUCCAUCUGAGUUGGAUCUCCUCUCUGGUGGUGGUUGAUGUAUCUCUCUGGAUUACGAUUUAUAUGUGGUCGGGUGCAUUCUGCUUGUCUCUGCGCUUUGGGUAGUUGGAGUUCAAAGCGUUGGGGUGGUGGUAGGUAAGGGUUUACAGAGAUGAGAUCCCAUUUUUGGGAGUGGAUUCUGAGAGAAGAGAAUAGAUGUCUUGAUCUCUGAGCGUGGUCAUCUUUGGCGUUGUGUCUUUGAAACCCUAGGUCUUCAAAUUCGAUCUCCACAAUCUGGUUUCUCAAGUAGUCAAAGUCAGAAAUUGAAAAGGCGAGUUGAACAUAGCCGAUUAGCCGAUUCGGAUGUUGGUGGAAAAUGGUUGAAAUGGCAAAGUCUAAAUUUGAGUCGUUUAAACAUGCCAUGGAUUGGACUCCUGGAUUUCCAACAAAGGUGUUAGUCCUGAAACAGUUCCAGUGUACCAUAACACAAAUAUGAAAUUGUUGGAUAAGAGGAUCAAGAUACCUGAGUUGGUGUUAAGGUUUAUGAUUCUUGGUCUUGGAGUUGUUGCAGCUGUUCUUAUUGGAACUGAUUCACAAGUGAAGGUGGUUUUCUCCUUUGAGAAGGAAGCUGAAUUCACUGAUGUUAAGGCUUUGGUAUUCUUGGUAGUUGCUAACGGUUUGGCUGCUGGAUACUCUUUGAUUCAAGGACUUCGUUGUGUUGUGAGUUUGGUUAGGGGAAGUGUUCUCUUCAACAAGCCCUUAGCUUGGGCCAUUUUCUCUGCUGAUCAGGCUGAUGUUGGAUGUUCCAUAAACUGUAGAUGUGACACGUGUAAGAACAUGUUUGGUAGAAAGGAUGGUGAGUUGUCCCUUCUUUUGCAGAUUAAAUACGUGUCAGAAUUUAACUGUUUUAUUGUUUCAGGUUCUAAUUCUGUAGGAGUAGAAACCCAACCAGAAGUAGAAAUAGAAGCCUGUGGUAAAGAGUUUGUUGAAAAUGCAUCACGGAAAAUUGAAAUUCAGAACUCCCACAGGAUGUCUAGUUCAUUGAAUUUUCCAUUAGAGAGUAAGAUGUUUGGGACUCUUUGCUCUCAGCCACUUGAGCAUUCUCAAACUGUUGCACACAACGAAACGAUUGGAGGCAGAGGCAGAAGUGGAUAGGUCUCCAAUGACUUGGACCAAAACUACUUCUCCAAAUGAGAAGAAAUUUUUAAUUGAUAGUCAAUAGUUAUUAGUUAGAUCUUUUUCCUUUUCAGUCAGGUUAGUAGUUUGUACCUUUAGGCAUAUAGAUGUCCUGGUUUAGUUUUAAGUAUAUUUUAGUUUUAGUGCGAUCUUUAGAUGUGUAUGAAAAAAUUAUAUUAUUUGAGCUGUAAUUAGUUGGCUUAGUUUUAUUUUAUUUGAGUUAUUUCAGAAGAAAUUUUUUCGCUUUCAUAAUGGCAAUUGUGAGGUGAUCCAAUAGUUUCGACAGGUUAGUAGGCAUUAGAUUGAUUUAAGUUUUCUAAUGAUGUAUUCAUUGGGACACUUGCUCUAUUGGGUCUUCCUUUGUUUUCUUCAAUUUAUUGUUGAAAAAAGCUAUAGCAAUAAUAGAAGUAUAAUGUCUAAAAUUAA